UAUGUUAUGAAACCGGAUCUGAACCGGUGGUGCAAUCAAAUCCCAUGCAAACCAGCGAACUACUGAAAUUCUGAUGUUUUUCAUUAUCAUCAUCAGACAGAGAGAGAGUGAUAGACACUCUGUUUCUGAUGGAGGAGAAGGUUGCAGAACGAAGCGCAUCGUUCCACUUCGACUUCAACAUCAACAUCGAACUCCCCUUCGCAUUCCAAUUGGAAGAAGCAGUGUGCAGUUACGGCUUCUUCAUGAUGGCACCCAACCAGUGGGACCCACUCUCCAAAACCCUCACGCGCCCUCUCUCCUCCUCCUCCUCCCUCGUUUCGAUUUCUCAGCGCUCCCAAACCCUCGCCGUUAGGGUUCACGCACUCUCUCCCCAACACCAACACCAACACCAACACCAACACCAACACCAACGCCACAUUACGUCUCAGAUUUGUAGAAUGCUGCGCUUGUCCCAAGCGGAAGAGAAGGCUGUGAUGGAGUUCAGAAGCAUGACUCUCGACCUUCCAGAUAGAAGCUUCGCUGGAAGGGUUUUUAGGUCUCCCACCUUGUUCGAGGAUAUGGUUAAGUGCAUACUGCUCUGUAACUGCCAGUGGCCAAGGACUUUGGGCAUGGCACAAGCGCUCUGUGAGCUUCAGUUGGAACUGCAAAACGGGUUGCCCCAUGCUGUUACUGUGUCGGGCAAUGCAAAAGUUGAGACUGAGGGAUUCAUUCCCAAAACACCAGCGGCUAAAGAGACCCGGAGAAAGAAGGUUGCAAAAAAGGGCAAGCUUCUUAAGAGGAAAUUAGAGUUUGAAGUGGACGAAAACUCACAAAUGGACAGCGUGCUUGCUUCAGGUUCGAACACGACCUUGCUUCCAACAGAUAAUGGCAAUUCAGAAGAGUUGUGUUCAGAUGAUUCAUAUCAUCAUCAGUUCCCUAAUGGGAAAGAUCAGUACUUUGACCGUACUGGAAAUUUUCCCUCCCCAAGUGAGCUAGCAAACCUUGAUGAGAGUUUUCUGGCAAAGCGAUGCGGACUUGGGUAUAGAGCAGCUUAUAUAAUAGAACUAGCGCGGGCCAUUGUUGAAGGCAAAAUUCAAUUAGAACAGCUUGAAAAACUGUCGGAAGAUGCAAGCUUAUCCAACUAUAAGCAGCUUGAUGAUCAGCUGAAGCAAAUUAAGGGAUUUGGCCCAUUUACUCGUGCCAAUGUACUUAUGUGCUUGGGAUAUUACCAUGUCAUUCCAACGGAUUCUGAAACUCUUAGACACUUAAAGCAGGUUCAUUCCAGAAAUACAACCCUUAAAAAUAUUGAGAUAGAUCUUGAAGAGAUUUAUGGAAAGUAUGAGCCCUAUCAGUUCCUGGCAUUCUGGUCUGAGAUAUGGGACUUCUACCAAACAAGGUUUGGGAAAAUGAAUGAAAUGCCUUCUUCUGACUAUAAACUUAUAACUGCUAGUAAUAUGAGAAGCACUAGUGAAGCCACAAAGAAGAGGAAGAGACCAUCACGAAAAUCUCAAUGCUGAAGUCCUACUCCAUAAAUGCACUUUUUGGUGAGCAUUGUUGAGCUUCUAUGUAUAUCUACUUGGUGUUAGGGUAUAAUGUAGAAAUAAUUUAUUAUUUCAAGUUUGUAAUUUUUGUUUGACUACUCAUCAGCGCCAAAUUGGAUUUGAUAGUAACUGAAAUGAUUGCUUCUAAAUAUUAAUUAGCAUUUAUCCUGUUUUA